AUUUUUUGAAAAUAUUUACAACAAUUUUCUUACAAUUUUUUAAAUAAAUAUAACUUUUAAUGGAAGCUUUUAAGGAAUUAUUGGAAUUUUCUUCCUCAAGGUUUUGCAAAUUUUCAGAAAUUUGGUGAAUUUUUUUGCUAAAUUUUUCAAUAUUUUUCAGUCAAGGAAACAAUAGUGUUUGGUCCCCAUAAGUGAGGACAACAGGAGGGUUAAAUUAGAUCAACUAUUUCAGCAAAGUAUCACCACUGUUGUUCUUUCAUGCCACUAUAACUGCUGCUUCAGAUGACAUUUUUAAAGCCAAAAUUCAACAAUCAGAUUUGGUUUAUGGACUUAGUGCUUCCCUUUUGGGAUGAAAUGCAUCAAUAAUUUUUGUUAGAGCUGAUAAUAAAAACAAUAUAUAAGACAUGUUGAUAAUUUUCAUUAGUUUUUCGUGAAUGGACGGUAAUCUUUAGCUGUUUUCUGCCCAAAUUAGAAAGCCACAUACAACAGUGAACCCAGGGAUUGUGUGUGAUGUACUGUAAGUGCAGUUCUCCUUCACUGAUCCCUAAACAAAGCCCAAAGCUCAAAAAUACAGAAAGUCCAUCAUGAAAAUAUUAAUAGAAUCUCCCGUCCGUCAGCGGAUGGAAGAGGCUUAUUCUGUGAAUGAACAGGAUGGUUCCAUGCAUGCAAACAGAGAUGAGACACACAGACACGCCCUUCCCCCUGCUGGUGUGCAGAAAAAUGGGAAUGAGUAGUGGGAGCUGAGGAUGAAACAGCAUCCCCCCCGAUUCAUCCUUCCUCCAUGCAUCCAUCUCCUCCCCUCGCCUCCAACUCCUCUCCUAAGACUGGAGCCCAGCUCUCAUGUGAUUCCACGAUUAGACCGCCCACGCAACAUACACGUGCUUCUAAUACACACAAACUCUUCCUCCCAUCACAUACAUGUACAUUUCACGCUUUGCCUCCCAUCGCAUUCAUUGCCUGCUUUGAUGCAUAUACCAUCACACACGUCACAUGCUCACAUGGCAUUAGUUGGAGUUUUGUGGGAGGUAAACCCCCCCCACCAACAACUAUUGCUGCAGAUCAGUCAAUGAGCAGCUUCAGAGAGGGGGGAGAGUUAUCCAUGCUGGCAGUUGGGAACAAAGGCAGGCUCAUGGGAGGCCGGGGUGUACAUUGUUUCUGCAUCGCUGGCGACCUUAUCGAACAGUUUGAUUAAAUACAUCUUAAAUGAGCCCUGAAAGCGUGUUGAAGGAAGACUGAGACCUCCCUUAAACAAUGUUUGCGUAGUCUGAUUAAGGAGAUGCUCAUUACGCAGCAGCAAGCCUGUUUUUCACCAGCUGUCAUCACACUGGUUUGGAGAUAAGCAUAAAAACAAAUAAAGGCGACUUCAUGUGCGUCAUUUCUGCCAUGCGGAUACAUUCAUGAUUUCUUUUACAAAUAAUGUGCUCAUCCUUGGGUAAGCUUUAAUUUUACAAAUGCAAAGGUUGACUACUAAACUUGGAAACAUUAAUUCAUAUUUUAACCCAAGAUUAACGGAAAUGUGCCAUGUGAGGUAGUUUUCAUUCAGUUUUCACACAGUUUCAUAUUGUCUUUAAUAUGUUAACACAUCUGAGCAUAUUUCUGUCAGAGUUUGUUGUUAUCUUGAGAUGAUUGUAGUGGUCAAUGUACUCACAUCCUUGUGGUUCAUGGUGUACUGGUUUUAUUUUUGGCUACAUGAAUGAAACCCCCCUCCCCACCCAUUCAGAGCUUUUCCCUCAUAUCUUGUUCAAACUUGGUGCACAUGGUGCAUCUCACAACCUCCGCCUCUGACUCUCUGCUCUGCCUACUUUGUACGUCUACCGACCAAUGACGGCCCUCUGUGUCUCCGACCGCUGCUGCAGCAGGCGCCUGAUUGGCUGCUAUUCUUAGGCAUUUUUGGAAGGAGGCGGAGAUUAGAGUACCUCGUUCUCCCUCUGUUUACACACAUAGUGAGCAGCCAGUAACUGAGUGAAUGAGGGAGAGUCAGGGGGAGCGAGGGAGUGUGGCUUGUCUGCCUUGCAUCCUUGCAUCCCGCAGCAUUCCCACAGCUAUGCUUCCAAUCCCUCCUUCUUCCAUGGACCUCUGAACGGCUCUCUUUUUUGUCCAUCUCUACGGCACGCGCUGGUCAAAGCUUCCACAAGUCUAACCAGUGGACUGUCUGCUUGCAGUGGAUUUUGCUCAGGCAAGCAGUAUAGGAGCACAAAGUGUCCCUGCUGUCCGUUGCUCUGAAACGGGCAGUGUUAGAGGACGACCAGAAAGCCCAGCUCCCUCACUCCGUUUUGUUUUUGCUCUCAUGCUUGACUUUGCGCUGAAAUGCCAGAAGUGACUUAUUUCAUCUCGGUGUCGCGGAUGUUCACUCAGUUCAAGAGGAUGCUGAACCGAGAGCUCAGCCAGCUGUCAGAAACCAGCCGUUCAGGGAACCAGGUGUCUGAGUUCAUCUCCAGCACCUUCCUCGAGAAGCAACAUGACAUGGACAUCAUGUCUCCCCCCACCAAGGAGAAAGACAAGAAGAAGCGGCCCAUGUCCCAGAUCAGCGGUGUGAAGAAGGCAACCCACAGCCCCAGCCUUGCACCCUCAACUAUCCCUCGCUUUGGGGUCAGCGCCAGCCAGGAAGAUCUCCUUGCCAAGGAGCUUGAGGACAUAAACAGAUGGGGUAUUGACAUCUUUAAAGUCUCCGAGUACUCGGGGAGUCGCCCACUGACGGUCACCAUGUACACCAUCUUCCAGGAACGAGAGCUGCUAAAGUCCUUUAAGAUUCCAGUGGACACGUUCAUUACAUUCAUGAUGACUUUGGAGGAGCACUACCAUUCAGAUGUGGCCUACCACAACAACAUCCACGCUGCAGAUGUGGUCCAGUCCACACAUGUGCUGCUGUCCACGCCUGCACUGGAGGCUGUGUUUACUGAUCUGGAGAUCCUCGCCGCUCUGUUUGCCAGCGCCAUUCACGACGUGGAUCACCCCGGAGUUUCGAAUCAGUUUCUCAUCAACACCAACUCAGAGCUGGCCCUGAUGUACAAUGACUCGUCGGUGCUGGAGAAUCACCACCUGGCUGUCGGCUUCAAGCUUCUGCAGGAAGACAACUGUGACAUCUUUCAGAACCUCAACAAAAAGCAGAGGCAGUCGCUGCGCAAAAUGGUCAUUGACAUGGUGCUGGCCACUGACAUGUCUAAACACAUGAACCUAUUAGCAGACCUGAAAACCAUGGUGGAGACCAAGAAAGUUACCAGUCUGGGAGUCCUACUGUUAGACAACUAUUCAGAUCGCAUACAGGUUCUUCAGAACAUGGUUCACUGUGCAGAUCUGAGUAACCCCACCAAACCUCUUGAGUUGUACCGGCAGUGGACAGAUCGUAUCAUGGUGGAGUUUUUCACGCAGGGUGACAGAGAGAGAGACAAAGGCAUGGAGAUCAGCCCCAUGUGUGACAAACACAACGCCUCAAUAGAGAAGAACCAGGUGGGCUUCAUCGACUACAUCGUUCAUCCUCUGUGGGAGACGUGGGCCGACCUGGUUCACCCCGAUGCUCAGGAGAUCCUGGACACACUGGAGGACAACAGAGAGUGGUACCAGAGCAUGAUCCCCCACAGCCCCUCACCCAACCCAGAGGGUCUGGAGGAGGGAGCCAACACCGGGGAAGCCUCAUCUCUGAGUGGAGGAGGCGUCUCUUCUGCAGCCGACAAGUUUCAGUUCGAGCUGACCUUGGAAGAAGAAGGAGAAUCCGAUACAGAAAGUCCGCCUGAGGAAGAGGAGGGCUACAGCAGCAGCAGGGGGCCUGAAGCCGGCAGAACUGAUUCGACUCGACGGCUUCCCAAAAUGCUCACUAGUGACUCAGGCAGGACGUUUUCUUUAGACUCUGAGAAAGAUAUGGCAGAAGACAGAGAGACAGACCAAGAAGGCGUCUCUGGAGUAGCACGCUUCAGACUCGGCACAUAGCACCAGUCAAAAGUACUUUUUCUUUUGGCCUUUUUCUGUUUCAUUUUUUCUUGAUUUCAGUGCCUCGUCCUCUGCCACUCCCCUUCUCCCAUGGCAAGCAAACACCACCACCUCUGUUCUUCUUGGACAGGGUGAUAGCAAGACUCGGAGUGGGGUGUACGGGAGUGCGGGUGAUUGUGGAGGAUAUUAAGAGGGUCUGCAGUUUUUCAUAGCAGUCACUUGCACUGGAGAGAGACAGAAUCCCUGUUCCAGUGAGGACAGGAAACCAAGUUUCUGACCUGAUCUGUGUGUUCUGUAUCUUUCAUACAGACAAACUGUGGCUAAAGUUCUUCAGAUACAAUGAGAAGUUAAAAAAAACUUCCUUUUCUACCAACCAGCCUAAGGUCUACUACAACUCAAGACAGCACUGUCUUCCUCUUUUGGAGUAUUUGUGAAGAAAAUGAGGACGUGAUGAACCGUAAAAACAUAAAGUCUUUUAAGACUUUUUACCAAACUUGCAAAUUACAGGGACAAUGCUGUUUUGCCUGCCUUUUUUUUGUUUUUGUUUUUUCAUUUAUUUUCUGUUGUCUUUUAUUUUAAUCCAUACACACUAAUGAAGAUACAGUCAGCAGCAGACUUGAAAGCAGUGGAAGCAAAGUAAUCGAAGAAAGGAACUAUGCAUGGUUUUUAUGCAGGAAACAUAAAUGUAGCCAAUGUUUCAGUAACUGUUCGCUGUUAUUGUACACAUACAGUAGCACUUCUUUCAGGUGGUGUUGCGCAGCAUAUUUAGAUGUGUUCAACAUGCAGCCGUUCUAGAGGAAGAUAGCAAUGAAUGAGCUGGCACUACAUAAUGCUUUGAUGUAUUAUUUCCAAUUUUAUAAUCCUACACUAAGAUAUUGUCAGCAACAAACCUGAGACAGUGUCAAUGUAGUGUUAUGCAGUCAUGGAAUUACAUCCAAAGGAGUUUGGACUGUGCAUAUGGUGCCUCCUAGUGUCCACAAGUGGAACUGAAGUUCUGGUACCAAGGCAAAUGAUAUACAAGGUUUUGGCCUAUAUGGAAAGUACAUUCACAAGGUAUUUAAUGGUAGGACUACCAGAAAUGUCAGUUAUGUUUUAGUUUUGUUGCUCAUUUUUGAUUAUUUUGUUUGUUCAUUUUUUUAAAUUGAAAUCACACUUUUUCUCGUUCUUGAUGUUCGGCACCGAUUUUUAUCAGUUUGCCUUAAAGUUUGCCACAUUUUAGUUUUUGUUCACAGCUAGCCCUCGUUGUGGAUUUUAAGGGCUCGAGCCAAAACAUGAACACACUGGAUGCUGUGGAGCGAGAAACAGCAACCAGCACAGACACCGUGCAAAAACCUAAUGCUACAGCACAGCUACAGAUACAUCGAACUAUUCUUUAUCGUUACUAAAUAAUGUGUUAAACACGGCGUCCAUCUACUGAAAUAGGGUCUUUUGAUAAUAUCCACUUGCAUAAAGACUGAUGAGGGUGUCUCAUUAGAAGCAUAAGGGUUGCAAAGACAGAUUUUAGCAUCAUUGUAACUGUAAAAACCCAGGAGGUUACCAAGAGACAGUUUCCUGUGCCAGCAUUUCCCUCUUUUUCCUCUCAUUGAUCAAUAUUUCGCUCUUCACAGGGACAUAGUCAAUGACAAACCAAGUGCCAAGCAAGCAGGACACAACCCGUACUGUAAUUUCCAUUUUGCCACUGGCUACUUUCCAUCAGUGACUGAUAAAGUUGGUUGAUUGUAGCACCCCGUGUGCCAAUCUGACCUUAGUGUCUCUGUUCCUUUUUUAUAACUCCGGCUCAAACAGUAACUGAAACUGAUAUUGUCUUAAAACAGUGAUGUGUUUUUUGUGUGAGUGAGUGAGUGGGUCGACUUUUUUGAAGUAUUUGCUAAGAAAAACCAAAGCACUUUGUACGGUACUUUUACAGUUCUGCACUUCCAGUUCAGCUGAAGAUGUGUAACGUGACUGCUUCACUGUUUUUCUGUUGACAAAUGACCUGGUGGUGGAAUUGAAUUGCACGGGCUGGACCACUACAGCUCUUAAAGGUUGGAUGUUGGAGGGACUGAAGUUGUUUUUUGUUGUUGUUGAUGCUCUUUUAUAAUUGACUGUACAAAAAAUAGUUUUUUGUUGAAUUGCAUGACAUUGGCUGCAAUAUUCAAACAAUAUGAAGAGUAUAUGGAGUACUUACUUACUAAACUUAGCCUGUGGAGACACUUGUUUUAUUUUACUACCAUAAAACAGUCGUGUUUUAAUGUGUGAAUGAGCUGAAAGUUUUUCUUUUGUUUUCAAACUUGGGAUUUUUUUUGUUUCUGGUCACAGAUGUGUUCACUGACAUGCUGGAGUAAAAUAUGUGCAAUCCUUUCUGUAGCCAUAAACAGCACCAAACAGACCAACACUCAAGGAUGCCUUCAACACUAAGGACUAUUUAACAGCAUCUUAACCAGCACAACAUGCAAAGAUUCAGUCUGUGUCUCUGCGUGUCACUAAUUGUUUGAUUUUGUACAUUUUCCUCACAGUACUUUAUGUACAACUUAUUUAUUAUUUCUAUAUUAUCUUUCAGAAACGAUGACAAACAAAUAGACUUUUCGUCUGAGGUUUAGUACUUUUUGUGUAGGCUGAUGUGUGAGAAAGUCAAACAGGACAGAUUUCAACGAUUACUCAGCUUUUUUUCCCUUCUCAUUUCGUUAUGUCUGCAAAUAACAUUAUACAUAAGCAAAAAUACUCACUUUCAUGUUUUUUUCUCUGUGUAAAAAUAGUUGAGUGACAGAUUUCCGUCUUGGUUUUCUGAAGCAUCUCUUCUUUACUGUCUUCCUCUGUUUCCGCCAGUAAGGUCAGAUCAUGUAUUCAUAAAGGAUCUCGCGGUGUGAUCUGAGACUUCUUUGAUUCACGGUAAAGAUGAUACAGUCAUACAGCCUCAACAGUCUUUCUAGACCAGUAUUUCUGUUCUUGGAGAUUUUAUGAAUAUGGAUCAUGAACUGAGACGCUGCAGCUUUGACAAUCCAAACUCUGCUGUUUAACUGUGGGUGUGUUUGCCCUCUCUCCAACUAGAACUGUAUGCCUUGCAAAUAAAGGAAAAACUCCUCACUCUG